CAUCUUCUUGAAUCACACAUCCAUUGCCAAAAAAAAACAAAAAAACCCUAAUUUUGAGAAAUCCUGCUCGUCAACCAUGGUGUGCAUUCGCAAGGCUACAAUCGACGAUCUGCUGGCGAUGCAGGCCUGCAAUUUGUUGUGCUUGCCGGAGAAUUACCAGAUGAAGUACUACCUCUACCACAUCCUCUCCUGGCCGCAGUUGCUCUACGUCGCUGAGGAUUACAACGGUCGAAUCGUCGGUUAUGUUCUUGCCAAGAUGGAAGAAGAAAGCAGUGAGUGCCACGGCCACAUCACCUCUCUUGCCGUCCUCCGCACCCACCGCAAACUUGGCCUUGCCACCAAGCUCAUGAACGCCGCCCAGGCUGCCAUGGAGCAGGUCUUGAUUUUGCUGAUCUCUUUUUGAUUUAUUGUUCAAUCGUUUCAGUUAUAGAUUUUUAGUGAUUUUUAUUUGCUAGAUUAAUGGAUUUUUUUUUUU